ACGAUCUAGAGGUUAUUUGCAAAAUAAAAGUAAAUCGGUGCUAGAGUUCCAGUACAAAAUGUCUAGUUUCGAACGGUGGCUUGUCAUAGCCUUUAUGGUCGUCUUAACUCAUUGCCAUGAUAUUUACGACCAGGAUUUGUCUUCUGUUGAUGCUGAGAGCAGAUCAGUUUACGCCGAUUAUAUUCCUCGCGGCCGUUUCAUCAAUAUUGGCAAUCUACCUGUUUACGAGGCCCCCGAUAACAUUGAUAAAAGGCGAAUGCUUAUUGCUGUCCAUGACAUUUUUGGAUUUUCAAGCUCUAAUAUGAAACAAAUUACUGACCACAUGGCCGUUCAAGCUGGUGGUUUUAGAGUCGCUUUGCCCGAUUUCUUUCGUGGCGAUCAUUGGGACAUCAAUGUGCCCAUAACUCCGAUAGAACGUGCCGCUUUCAUACAACGCGUUGGGGAUUGGGAAACAAUCGUGAAGCCGGAUUUGAUAAACACAGUGAGGUAUUAUCAAAGGCAGGGCGUGCAAGAGUUUGCGAUAUUUGGUAUGUGCUGGGGAGGACGAACUGGUACAGACGCUGCCAUGGAACUCUCUGAUUAUUUCAAGGCGAGCGCUAUCGUUCACCCGUCUUUAGUUUCGAAUGACGAAGCAUAUUCGGUCAGGAUGCCAAUGUAUUUGAUGCCGUCGCGUGAUCAACCGGAUAUGUUGCCAUUCUACCAAGUGUUACGAAAUAAUUUUGGUGAUAACAGCGGCCACAGACGAUUCGAUGACAUGUUCCAUGGAUUCGCGAGUACCUGUGGCAAUUUCAGUGAUCCCCUGAAUCAAAUGCAUGUGAACGAAAUCAUAAGAACUCUUGGAGUUUUCUUCGAACGAAUUCUAAUCGACACAGUCUAAGUGACUCUAUGUCAAUGGAGAUCUCGGAAAUCUCAUUUUUGUUUUAUUUCGAAGAAUAAAGAGAGAAUUUAUCA